AUGAACGGACACAAAGUGGAAAUAGUGAAUCUUCAGGAUAAAAACAAUGGCUUGUACACCUGCCAAGCGAUCACAACACAAGGAAAUGUCCUGACUGCAAACUUUACACUCAAUGUAACUUCCUGUCCACCCAAUCACCAUGGAUCGAGAUGCGAGAAGAUCUGCAACUGUCUGCAUGGCUCUGACUGUGAUCGGUGGGACGGCUGUGUUUGUCUGGAAGGUUGGAGAGGAUACAGAUGUGAGGAUCCCUGUAAACCGGGGACGUAUGGACUGAAAUGUGAGAGUAGUUGUGUCUGUAAAAACGGAGCUUACUGCAGUCCUAGCGACGGGACAUGUAACUGCACAGCAGGCUGGAAAGGUACGACUUGUAGCGAACCAUGCGAGAAGGGCAAAUUCGGACACAACUGCCAAUCUGAUUGCACCUGCAAGAACAACGCCACCUGUCAUCACGUGGACGGCACCUGCACCUGUAUCCCACCAUGGUCGGGAACGAAAUGUGAUAUCAUCAAGGAGUCAGAUCUUCAAGUAGCUAUUCUAAUUAGUGUUUCUAUUGCUAUGGGGUUCCUUGCUUUUGUCGGUAUUCUAGCAUGUAAGAAAAAAUGUAAACUAUUUGACAUGCACAAACCACUCCCAGAAGAGGAAUAUGCUGUAUGUGAGUUGAGGAGGAUGGAAGAAGACCUGGCAGACAAGUUACGCCCAGGAUGGCUGGAGCGAUGGCAGAUAGACAGCAGUCAACUAACAUUGGGAGAUAUGAUAGGGAUGGGUGCCUUCGGUCUGGUGACACAAGCCAGCCUAGCCUUGCCUACCGGUCAACGAACCGUUGCAGCCAAGAUGAUCCGCUUCAACGACAAACUGUGUUACCAGGACUUCUACAGAGAGACAGCGAUACUCACAGUGAUACAUGAGGAAAAGGGAUACAAUCCCCGAAAAUCUAACAUUAUUCAAUUGUUUGGAUUUAAUAUCACAUCUAAUCCAAAGUGCUUGAUCCUCGAGUACGCCAGCGAAGGAAACCUCUUGAACUUCUUAAGGCAAAAGAAAAAUAAGUUACAUUAUUUGCUGUAUUUUGCAAUUGACAUUACACAAGCCCUCGGUCACCUGAAAGAUCUUCGCAUUUCCCAUCGCGACGUGGCCGCACGUAACGUUCUAAUCACUGAACAGAAUAUCGCAAAACUCGGCGACUUUGGCCUUGCUCGCGACGUGUACAACACAGCACAAUACAUUCCUGUCAAUCACCAAGGCCAAGAACGACGUCUCCCGUUGAAAUGGAUGGCGAUCGAGUCCCUCCUACAUCUUCAGUUCUCGUGCGAAAGCGACCUGUGGUCCUUUGGUGUGCUUCUGUGGGAGAUUGUAACAGGUGGGACGGACCCCAUGUACGGUAACACACCACAGCCGACCUGUCAGCAGCUUGUGGAGAUCCUACAGCAGGGGAUCCGUCUGGACAUGCCUGCGGAGUGUCCUCCAGACCUGUACGUCAUCAUGACGUCAUGUUGGAGCGAGGACCCAACAGCGAGGCCAAAUCCAGAAGAAAUAAGGGAAAACCUGAUUCGUGAACAGGAAAAACUGAACCCACACCAAGUGUUUAUUGAGAGGGAGACAGUGGUGUGA